AUGACGAAGAAAUAUAAAAACGAUAGUCCCAUAGAUAAACACAAAGUGUUUGUCCGUAAUAUACGGGAAAAUGAUGUGAACGAAUUGACAGAACGAUUUGAAAAGGAAUGUAAAAAACAUUUUUUUUUUAAAAAUAAAACAAAUUCUACAAAAAGUGCUAUUUGCAUUUUCCACAAUGAAAAGGAUGCAACAAAUUUCAUAACAAAAUAUAAUAAUUCAAAAGAAUUUUCUACAAAUAUUAUGUGUGAAUUCGCUAUAAAGAAAAGACAUGAUGAAAAAAUUUUAGCUUCUAUUCUUUAUAAUCGAAAUAAAAUAAAAUAUCCAAACUCUAUAAAAAUAUAUACAAAUUGUGAUAUAGGUAAUAUAAUUAUUUUAAAUUAUUUGAAAAACAUUUAUUUAAUAAAAAAAAAAUUAUUAUUGAAUUGUGAAAAUAAUAAAUCAAAAUCUAUAUACGAUAAAAAUCAAAUAAAUAAAAAUAGUAACAAUAGUAAUGAUGAAGAAAUUGAAAUUGUAGCUAGCUCAGAAAAUGACAAAAAAUUUGAAGAAAUUGUAAUAAAUAUAGAGAAACAAAGUAAUAUAAAUAAAAAUAGUAUUUUAAAAAAAAUAAAUAAUAUAAACUUUAAAGAUAAUAAAAAUGAUGAUUCAAAAAACUAUUUUGAAUAUGUUGUUGAAUUUGCAAACUUUAAUUUGGCCUCCACAUUUUAUCAGUUUAUUAAUAAAAAUGAAUUUCAAAAUUAUUUGAAAAAUAAUGACGAAAAUAUUGACUAUGAAAAUGUAUUUUUUUUUCAUGAAUUAUGUCUCUUAAAUACAGAACACAAAAUGGUCGUUUUAAAAAACUUGAAUAGAAAAUGCCACACAGAAAAUAUUCAAAAGCUUUUUAAGAAUAUCGAAAAAAAUCUCAAAAUAAAUAUUCCUAAAAAGAAUGAUAAAAAACAAGGAUAUGCAUUUGUUACUUUUUCAAAUCAUAAAAAUGUAGAAAAAGCAUUACUUUUAACGAAUACUAUUUUAUGUGGCAAUAAAAUAAUUAUAGAAAAAUACAACAAGGAAAUGAAACUAUUUAAUGGAAAAUUUUUUCAGGAUAAUGGAAUUACAUCGACUGAGCCUUUUAGUUAUUACAAUAGUUAUAAUAAUGAAAAUCAAGAAACUGAUAAAGAGGAUGUUGACAACAAAUCUGGUGAAACAGAUAACAGUGCAGACAAUAAUAAUAGUGAUAAAUAUACUUCAUCUUUGUCUAAAAAGAGAAAAUUAAAUGAAAUUGAUGAAAAGGAAAAUCAAGAUAAUAAUAAAAAAAAAACCAAAAUGAAAGAUGAAAAAAAAAGAGACUAUAAAAAAGAUGUAGAAGAAGGGAAAACCAUUUUUAUCACAAAUAUUCCAACUGAAGCAACAAAUGAAGAAAUUAAAGAAUAUAUAGAAAAGAAUAUUAGCAAAGAUUAUAUAUAUAUAAAGACUUGUAGAAAUGAUUAUAAAAAAAUAUAUGUUUUUGUAAAAUUGAAAAAAAAAAUCGAUGCUGAUAAUUUUUUAAAAAAAAUUGGAGAAUAUAAUAAUGAAGAAGACGAACAAAUAAAUGAAAGUGAAAAUGUAAUUGAUCAAUUUUAUAAUAAUGCUAAUAAAAAAAAAAAAGAAAAACUCAAAAAAAUUUUAUUAAAUGAAGAUCAAAAUCUUAAACACACUGAUAUUUUAUCUUUUAAAAAUAGUUACCUUAUGAUUAAAAGAGCAGUACCAAAUGAUAUAAUAAAAGAUAAAAAAAAAACUCCAGUAGAAAAAAAAGAAAAAAAAAAAAAUAAUAAUAAUACAAUAAGCAAUAAUAUACAUUUAAUAAAUGACAAUGAUGUUAAUAAUGAGAAUGUUCCUUCUAAUAUACUUUUAAGAAAUAAAAAAUUAUUGGAUAAAAAAACAGAACUUUUAAAAAAUAAAAAUUUUGUAAUAAAUCCAUGUAGAUUGUAUAUUAGAAAUUAUCCCCUUGUAGUUGAGCAAAAUACUUUCCGUCGUCUUAUAGCAAAACAUUUUACUCUUAUAUUUAUGAACAAAUUUAAAUUAAAAAAAAAAGAGGCUUUUAAAAAAGCUAAUGAAAUAAUUCAAAAAAUGAAACUUAUGAAAGAUAAUAAUAGUAAUAAGGAAAUCGUGCAAAAUAGCAAAGUAGGCCCAAUAAUACAUAACAAUGUCAGUAAUAAUGUUAAUACUAUGGAUAAAGGAGUUAAUAAAAAUGCCAUAUGUUUUCUUGAUAUUAAUAAACACGAAUAUACCAAGCAAAUUAUUUCCCUUUUGCAAAAUAAAAAUAUUUUCGAUGUAAUAAAUGAAAAAAUUUACAAAAAAAAAUUUCAAACAAUUAAAAAAAGUAAAAAUAUAUUAUAUGUUGAUUACUGCAUUGAAGAUCUAAGAAUGUUACAUAUAAAAAAAAUAAAAGAAGAGAAAUUUCUAAAACAUUUAAAAGAAAAAAAUGAAAAUAAUUUACCUACUAAAAAAAAAAUUAAAAAAAAUACAAAGAAAACAAAAAAAAUGAGUAGAGGGAAAAGACAACGUGAAAAAAGAAGAUUAUUAAAAGCUCAAAAUGAAAACAAAAAUAUUAUAAACAUCAUCAAUCCAGUGACUAUUGAUCAGAAAGAUAAUUCCUUAAAAAAAGAAAAACAUAAAAAACGAGUCACAUUUAUUGAUCACACAAAUAACGAGGAAAUAAAUACAACUAGACCUUCUUCCCUCAAAAAAAAAGAAAUAAAUAAUAAAGAUAAAAAAAUAAAAAGUAAAAAAUUGAAUACACAAGAUUCUGGAAAAACAAAAAAAAAAGUUAAAACUGUCAAAAGUAUUAUCAAAAAUGGCACCGAAAAAGCGAACAAGAAUAUUGAAUCAAUACAAAAGGAUAUCUUAAAAUUCCUCAAAAAAGCCAAAUAA